AUGUUUAAAAAUAACAACGAACCGACUUUGUUGGCUGGCGAUUUGAAUCCAUCUUUGAAUUUCGAUUUGCUCGUCGAUUUUGUUUGUGUAAGUGAAAUCUAUUUUGUUCAUUUUCUCAAUUAUGAAAAUAUUUCAGAAUAAAUGCGCUGUGAAACCAGUUGAAGUUCGAUUUGGAACAACCAGAGAUUCGGUAAGUUUUGCCUAGGUGAUUAGAUAAUUUCAAAAAUGAAUUUUUCUUUUGUUCAGAGAGCUAUCAAUAUAUUUUUCCAAUAUCGAAGUUAUGAAGAAGGAAUGAUUGUUCGUCGAAAUUUGAAUGGUCAAACAAUUCCUGGAUUGUCAGAAAAUUUUAAAGUUCGCCUUGAUUUCACUAAAUGUUUGGGAGAAGUUACUGUUUAUAUAACAUGUGCUAACUACAGAAUGACAACUGAUGAUAUUGAAUUUGCAUUUUCGAAAUAUAAAUCAAUGAUUGGAUCAUCUGGAAGAAUGCAUAAAGAUGAGUAUUCAAAUAGAAAUUCAUGCUUUUUGCGGUUUCUCGAUAAAGAAGAAGCUAUUCAGGCGGUUACUGUAGGUUUUUUCCAGACACAAGAAAUAUACAAAAUUAAUUUAUUUCCAGGAAAUGAAUGCGAUUCAUCAUCUCGAUAGUCUUUUUUAUGUCACUUUUUCUGCUCGAUACAUUGAUGAUGUUAUAAAUUAUGUGAAUAAAAGAGAAAAUGAUAAAAUCGAACAAGGAAUUAUGCCAUAUCAUAAUUACUGUAGGUUUUCUUGAAAAAUUAUAAUUACCAAAACUGUUCUUAUUUUUAGAUACUAAAAAACAAUUGGUGAGCGUUGAUGAAGCUAACGAAAUUUAUAUGAGUCAAGAUGCUGAUUUGCAAAAUGAUUUGGAUGCUUCGAGAUGGUCUUGGUUGCCAUAUCAUACAACAACUGGAAGAGAAUUACAGACUAGUUUGAAUUAUGAUUUUUUUCAAAAUCUUUGA